UAUCUGCAGAAAGUGUUGUACUAAGAUUCUAUCUUGCAGAUUUUUCUUUCCUUCUUUUCAAAAUACACUCUUCUUUGUUCAGUAUUAUCAGUGGAGGCAAGAAAAUAUGCAGGGGUGCGCAGCUCUUUCUUGUUCUUCAAACGCUAUCUCUUCUGCUCCAGUUGGUCUCUUCUUUACUCAAACACUAACACUUCCCUUUCGAAAUCAAAGCAUUGGAUCUUCUUUUCCUGCUCAAUCAAGCUUCAAAAUUUUCCAUGUUCGCCAAAGCACCCUCCCUCUGCUUCACUGCACUGCUACUGAGGAGAUCUUGGAGGCUAGCGAAACAGAGGGAAACUUUGUUGAAACUGGGUACAUAUAUAGUGUUCAUGGGCUUCAAGGAGAGGUUCGAGUAAAGGCUACUACUGAUUUUCCUGAAUUGCGAUUUUCCGAGCCAGGAAGGCGAUGGUUGAGGCAGCAAGUCUCAGGGAGAGAGAUGGUUCAAGAAAUUGAACUAGUGGAGGGAAGAGGUCAUCCAGGACAGAAGAGUUGGAUACUUAGAUUCCAUGAAGUCAACACAAUUGAGCAGGCUCAAAAACUUGUUGGGUCGACUGUACUGGUGAAGGACGAAGAUAGACCAGUCCUGGAAGAAGGUGAAUUUUACACCCGCGACCUCGUUGGGAUGAGAGUUUUUCUAAAGGAAACUAGAGAACCAGUGGGAACUGUUAUUAAUGUUUUCAACAGUGGAGCUAGUGAUCUCCUACAUGUUGAGCUUGACUCAAAUAUUAGUCUGUCAGAUCGAAAUGGAAAGCAAAGGCUGGAAGGAGGUGCAUCUGGUCCGCUUGUAUGGGUUCCUUUUGUUGAAGCAAUUGUUCCAACUGUUGAUUUGAGUAAAAGGGAAAUGUUGAUUACACCUCCUAAAGGUCUUCUAGAGUUAAAUAUCCGUGCUGAUGAGAGGUCCAAGAAAGAGAGGCGACAGCUUGAAUGGAAAGAGAGAAAAAAGUUUCAGAAACGCCUUAUAGCAGCCAAGAAGAAAUUACAUGAAAUGGAACAAGAUCAUAUAUUUCAUGGUUUUAGAUACGGCGAGAAAAACCAAAGGAGCUUCCUUGCAGACCAGAUAGUUGAUGUAAAUUCAAUGCUGCUUCAGCAUGCAUUGCAGAAUAUGAAGAUGCCAUAUAAGAGAUGGAGCUUUCCAGACUUUGUUAAUGCUUUAGAAGUUUCAAAUACAUUAAAAAUAUCAAAAGAAUUCCUUUCAAAAGAAAAUGUGGAACAUUCCAGCAUUUGUUCUAAAGUGCAAGAGCAGGGUCGCGGCCUCAUAUCUUGCGGCAAGGUUGCCAUUGUUUUAGCUUUGGGAGAAAUGCUUGGAUGGUCUAUUCCUGAACCUGUUGGCUCUCAUAAUAAUGAGGACAUUGCCUAUCUGCAUAUCAAGGCAUUGGUAGAUGACAGCCUCAGACUGCUCAAGACGGAGGACCAGCUGUCUGUACCUCUUAUAUUGGUGUGUCCUGCUGAAUCUAUUGAAUAUCUCAAACAGUUGUUCAUGGAUCAUGACUACUUCUCUUUCAACUCCGAGAAGGUUUGGUUCUUGGGAGAAGAGAAACUCCCUGUUGUCACUGCAUCACAGGAAGAAGAAAGCAAGCAUAAAAUUUUGAUGAAAUCACCUUGGGAGAUACUCCAGCAACCAGCUGGAUCAGCAGGAAUUGUUACUUUGCUCUCAUCACAGAACCUACUAGAGCAUUUACAUGUGAUGGGCGUGGAGUAUAUUCAGGUCUGUUCUGGAAAUCAAGAAUGCAUAAAUGGGGAGUUGCUACUUGGUUUUACUAGCUCACGUGAAGCCAAUGCGGGGAUCCAAGUCUUCCGGGAUGCUGGCUACUCGGAAGAAUGCUUCAACAUGGUAUUUUCCAUUGAUUUUGCAAAGAAGUUGACUAAGAAGAUCGACAAACUUCAAUUUGAAGCCAUUUUAAAGCCAAAUCAGUACGUGGAGAUGGUAGAUAAAGACUGGGUUGAUGUCAUCCCCUCCUCACCAAACUCAUAUGAGUUUCAUUCUUCAAUUUAUAGCUGCUUGAACGCUUGUCCUCCUAGUAAAGUUUGUUUUAUAGACAUUACUGCAUGAUAUCGAUAUUUGUAUACAUGUAUACGACUCCCAACUUACCUGCAAAAGCAUAGAAGAUGUUUUAGUAGCACGAGUAUGUUGGUUCUUAAUAUUGCACGCGUGCACCAUCAAUCAUUUGGUA